UAUUUUUUGGGUUUCAGUUGCAUGGCCAGAAACAAAAGCUCUGUCCACCCACCGAAAGUCUAUAUACCAUAUAGCUUUCAUUUUCGCCUCUGGCCGUGGUUGGAUAAUAAGUUUUCCUUUUUCUACUAUUCAUCUUUAUAAUCAUCGUCGUCGCAGCAUAUAUUCAUAUAUUCCGAAUUGGAGAUUUUUCUCCAAAUUUCGUGACCACAGCCUAAAAUAUCGGUUGGCCAACUUGCUCGCUCGUCUCCAUAUGGCCAGGCUAGCUUUGCGCUUUCAAUGUGUGAGCUUUACAAAAGCAGGGUCAGUGUCACAUUUUGGUGAUGCACAGUGAGCGUGGAUUCUUCUCAAGAGAUCCGCAUUGUGCAGGAUAAUCCGGUGAGAACAACCCUUACCGGGUUUCUUUUUGUUUCUUUGAUUUCCUUACUUCUUUCCGGUCAUUCUUGUUUAUGUGCUCCGUUGUGGAAUGGGUUCUUGAUGUUGUGUUUGUCUUUGGCUUUUGGGGUGUGGUGUUUUCUUGGUUCGUAGAGAUUACAAGCCAUUUCAAUUGUUCUUGAAUGUUUACCUUUGAUAUAUUCUUGAAUAUUUCAACUGGCUGUUUAAAUGUAAAGCCCAGAUGUUUAUAAUCACGCUCAAGCUCGAACGAAGUUCUUUACCAUUUCUUGCAUCAAGAAACGUGUUAUUUUCCAUUUCUUGUAUUGAAUAGAAGUUCUUUGCCAUUUUUUCUAGCUCCAUUACUGUAUUCGGUGGUUUAUAAAAUUAUAUAUGGAUUAUUACAGCUUCCCCCUGCUGUGAAUGAGAUUUUUACUUGGUUGAAAAGGUUAAAUACAUGCAUAAGACACUUUUUUUUCUCUCUUAGGAAAACCAAACAAAUGAUAUGAUUAGCGUGUACCAUUGCUAGAAAUAUAGUUGGGUGUUAGUCCUCUUGCUUCAAGUGGUUAAGCGUGAAAGAUAUGCGGGAGUAUAUGAACUAGAAGAGCAAAUCACCAUCUGAAUUCUAUGCGCGAUCUCUUGGUUUGGUCCAUGCCACUUUGUGAAGGUGAAGAAUUCGAGUGGUUAAAUCAUGCUCAGUAUAUUGAGUCCUAACAAUUUGUUGGAAAAGUUCGUAGUCCUGGAAUCAAUCUUCCAUUUGAAAGUAAUAUGGACCUUUUAGCCAUGACAUUGGAAAUGUGCAAAUUGAAGUUUUUCUUGCAGAACAUAGUUAUGCGAGGGAACAAGUAUGACUCCAGUCCCGUGACACCCAGAACUAGAUUGGAAAGGCUUCUGAGGGAAAGAGAGCUAAGAAAAUCUAGCCGGUUUUCCCAACCUAGUGCGGAGGCAACAGAUGUUAACAGAGAGGCAGAGCUCCCUGCCAAUGACCCAUGUUCAGCUGAGGGUGAUCAUUUGGGUCUACCUAAUGAGGAAGAGCUCUUGGAAGGGGUUGCAGCUGCAAGUGCUUUUGCCGAUGGAUGUCAAAGGCAAGAUGUUCGGCCUACUAAACAACGUUUAUUGGUGGUAACCAAUAGGUUGCCGGUCUCUGCUACCAGAAGAGGCGAGGGCUUGUGGCAACUUGAGAUGAGUGUUGGGGGGUUAGUCACUGCCCUUUUGGGACUGAAGGAGUUUGAUGCCAGAUGGAUUGGUUGGGCUGGUGUAAAUGUACCCGAUGAUGUUGGACGAAAAACACUUACUAAUGCCUUAGCUCAAAAGAGGUGCAUCCCAGUAUUUCUUGAUGAGGCGAUGGUUCAUCAAUAUUACAAUGGUUAUUGUAACAACAUCUUAUGGCCACUUUUUCAUUAUCUUCCGCUUCCACAGGAAGACCGCCUUGCGACCACCCGUAGUUUCCAAUCUCAAUUUGAUGCAUAUAAGAAGGCAAACCAAAUGUUUGCUGAAGUGGUUAACCAACAUUAUGAGGAGGGAGAUGUUGUUUGGUGCCAUGAUUAUCACCUAAUGUUUCUUCCAAAAUGUCUAAAAGAAUAUAACAAGAACAUGAAAGUUGGUUGGUUUCUUCAUACUCCCUUUCCCUCCUCUGAAAUACAUAGGACACUGCCUUCUCGAUCAGAGCUGCUGAGAUCUGUUCUUGUUGCUGAUUUAGUUGGUUUCCACACAUAUGAUUAUGCAAGGCAUUUUGUAAGUGCCUGCACUCGCAUACUUGGGCUUGAGGGUACACCUGAAGGAGUAGAGGAUCAAGGAAAGCUUACACGUGUAGCUGCGUUUCCUAUUGGGAUAGAUUCUGAACGAUUUAUUCGAGCUCUCGAACUGCCUCAAGUUAAGGAUCACAUGAAAGAACUGAAACAAAGAUUUGCUGGCCGAAAGGUAAUGUUGGGGGUUGAUCGUCUUGAUAUGAUUAAAGGAAUUCCCCAAAAGAUUUUGGCUUUUGAAAAGUUUCUUGAAGAAAAUCCACACUGGCGUGAUCGAGUAGUUUUGUUGCAGAUUGCAGUGCCAACGAGGACAGAUGUUCCAGAGUAUCAAAAGCUUACAAGCCAGGUUCAUGAGAUUGUUGGACGCAUUAAUGGAAGAUUUGGAACUCUGACCGCAGUUCCAAUACAUCAUCUGGAUCGAUCUCUUGACUUUCAUGCAUUAUGCGCACUCUAUGCUGUUACUGAUGUGGCACUUGUAACAUCUUUAAGGGAUGGAAUGAAUCUUGUCAGCUAUGAGUUUGUUGCAUGCCAAGCUUCCAAGAAAGGAGUUCUCAUUCUAAGUGAGUUUGCAGGUGCAGCACAGUCUCUUGGAGCUGGGGCUAUUUUGGUAAACCCAUGGAACAUCACUGAAGUUGCUUCUUCCAUUAGUUAUGCUUUAGAUAUGCCAGCAGAUGAAAGAGAAAAAAGGCAUCAGCAUAACUUUAAGCAUGUGACAACUCACACAUCUCAAGAAUGGGCUGCAACCUUUGUAAGUGAACUCAAUGAUACCAUUGUUGAAGCUCAACUUAGGACAAGACAGGUUCCACCAUUACUUCCAAUGAAAGAUGCAGUAGAUUGUUACUCGAAAUCCAAUAAUAGAUUGCUAAUACUAGGAUUCAAUUCUACCUUAACUGAAUCAGUGGAUGCUCUUGGGAGAAAUGGUCAACUAAAAGAAAUCGAGCUUAAACUGCACCCAGAUAUAAAGGAGCCUUUAAAGAAGCUUUGUGAUGACCCAAAGACAACAAUUGUUGUCCUUAGUGGAAGUGACAGAACUGUCUUGGAUGAUAACUUCAAUGAUUACAACAUGUGGUUGGCAGCAGAAAAUGGUAUAUUUUUGCGUCCUACGAUGGGAGAAUGGAUGACAACGAUGCCUGAAAAUUUAUACAUGGAUUGGGUCGAGAGUGUAAAGCAUGUUUUCGAGUAUUUUACUGAAAGAACACCCCGAUCUCAUUUUGAGCUUCGAGAAACUUCCCUUGUAUGGAACUACAAGUACUCAGAUGUUGAGUUCGGAAGGAUUCAAGCAAGGGAUAUGUUGCAGCAUCUUUGGACAGGUCCCAUCUCUAAUGCAUCAGUUGAUGUUGUCCAAGGCAGCCGGUCUGUUGAGGUCCGAGCAGUUGGUGUCACGAAGGGUGCAGCUAUUGAUCGUAUCUUAGGAGAAAUAGUUCGAUAUAAAGGCAUGAAGUCACCCAUUGAUUAUGUCCUGUCUGUUGGGGACUUUCUAACAAAGGAUGAAGAUGUUUAUACAUUUUUUGAGCCUGAGCUUCCUUCUGAAUCGCCACCUGCAGCAAGAGGCAUGCUAGCCAACCUUGUCAGGACAUCUGUGCCAAAGAUCUCAGCCAGUAAAAGUGUAUCCAAGUCAUCUCGCCUCAAGAAACAGCGUUCAAUGUCUACUUUAGAAAAGAGAGCAAUCAGUCACGGAAAUGAGAUUGUUUUGCAGCCUGUAAUGCAAGAUAGAAAGUCAAUGCGUGAGGGUUCUUCAGUACUUGAUCUCAAAGGUGACAAUUACUUCUCUUGCGCUGUUGGGCGAAAGAGAUCAAAUGCUCGUUAUCUCCUUGGAUCAGCCAAUGAUGUUGUGACUCUCCUAAAGGAACUGGUGCAGUGUCCACCUUCUAGCUGAUCACAUCGUGCCGACUGCAAUUAUUGCUUGUGUAAGCAGCUAUAUCUAUUUUCUUGGUCCACAUAAGUUCAAGUUUUACCGAGUAUAGGAGCAUCAGGAUGAGCUUGAACAAAUUACAUUGAUACAAGAAAUAUUCAGACGAUAUUGUUCAUACAAGAAAAGAAGAGAGGUUACAGCCAGGCUUGGUCACCACUUUCCAUGCAUAGAGAACAUUCUGUGCCUAAACGUCGAACCCCCUUUUUUUAGGCCUUGGAGAUCAAAAUAAGUUGAGUUCGUAUUCAGAGAGCACCCCACCAGGUUUGACUGUGCUGAAACAGACCAUGUUGUUGUUCUGGUGCACCAAGACAUUCUCGUCCUUUCCCUUAUAUCCAUCUAUAGGGCAUGCACCUAAAGAUUCAGUCUGCAAAAUAAGAAGAUCUACUGCGUGUCAUUGCUGAUGAAAGCUAUAUAGCUGGAAAGAUGGUCCUUUAAAGAACAGACAAACAAACUUGGAAAUGAAGAUUGUUGACAAGCAAGUGAAGUGAUGGAUGCUAAGAAGUGUGGGUAAUUAGAUAAAACGAGAGGCUCGGCUCAUGCCUUUUGGCGGAAAGGCAAAUGCCAAGCAUAUGGGUACCAGAAGUUGACGUUGGUGGGAAUUGUGCGCACAUACACGCUGAGAGAGAUGGUUUGGGGAUAAGCUGAAUUGCAAGUAGCACAUGGCAUCUAAUGUCAACACUAAAAUAUGGCAUAGAUUGGCACAAAGUAGGCAAUUUUUUUGACUUAGCUUGUUAGCAUGAGUAAAUGUCGAGUUUGAAGAAUGCGACACAAAGCAUGAAAGGAGUUACAUUUAUUAUCUUUGCUUGAAUAAUAUUCCCUUCCGCAUGCCUUUGGAAUUGAAUUUAGUGGUCCUUUUGAGGCCAUACCAUUGGAUUUAGACCUCCACUUGAGAGGUAAAAAAAAAACUCCAUUCCACGCCA